CGCACUAAGCCAAAGAAAGGCUUUCAGUGCAAAGUUCUAAAAAGCAACUGCGCACACUAAAGAAAAACAACAAAAAAAAUCUAUAAGCGAUAUUUACAUACAUCGUAUACUAUAUGCAUAAGAAAAAUAAUCGUUCAAGUGUUUCAAAUAAAUAGCAACAAUUGUGCCAAGUGUCGUGUGUGCUUGUGUGUGCGUGUGUGUGUGUGUGUGUGUGUGUCUGUUUGUGUGCGUGAUUAAAUAGUUAACACAUGAACAGAUAACUGGCAUUACACAUAUAAAUAUAUAUAAAUAUAUUACUGUACUUAAUGUAUAUGUAUCAGAUAUAUGAUCUAUAACAAAUGCAAACAGCAUCGCCAAAGUUACGGAUAUAAUUUCACAACAUUUAAUUUUAAUUAUAAUUAUUUCUACAACAACAAAACUUCAACAUUCACCAAGCGUUUUGCGAAUUAGAAAAGGCAACACUAGCUUCAAAACAGUCUCCUAUAAAAACAGUGUUGAUAAAGAGUGCAAUUUGAAAAUGCGCACAGCUUUGAGCAGUUGCCCAAAGUUUCUAUUGCUCUGCAGCAAAUACAAUCACGCCAAUCACAAGGACGUGGCCACUUAAAGUGACAAUAACAACAGCAAUAACAACAACAACAACAACACUAACUGAAAACCCAACUGAAAAGGAAGCAGUAAUUGAACCAGUGUUAAAAACCAGUGCAUAAUGGCGUCCGAUUCAAACGCGUGCGCCGGUUUCUUUGCCCAGGAGCAAGCGAAUGCGACGCUCUCGCAAUAUUUUCAGCAGCUAAACUCGCAUGUUGCAGCGGCUGUUGCCAGCAGCAACAAUAAGGGCUCAAGCGUCAGCAGCAACAGCAGCAGCAGCAACAACAACAACAACAACAACAACAACACUAACAAUGGCAACAGCAUCAGCAGCGGCAACAGCGACAGCGGCAACGAUGGCAGCAUGACAGGCUCAACAGCAACAUUGGAUAACCAUCGCAGCAGCGUUAGCAGCAAUGAUUCCGGCAAGAGCAGCAGCGCCGGCGGAAGCGGUGGCGGCGGGGGAGGCGGAGGCGGUGGCGGUGGCUCCUCGUCGGCAGCAGCGGCAAAUGCUUGGAACUUGCAGCAACAGCAACAGCAGCAACAACAGCAGCUGCAACAGCAGCAUCAUGCACAGCAGCAGCAGCAGCUGCAGCAGCAUCAUGCACAGCAGCAACAGCAUCAUGCACAGCAGCAACAUCAUCAGCAUGCACAUCAGCAGCAACAGCAGCAGCAGCAUCCGCAUCAGCAUCAUCCACAUGCACACAAUCCGCAUCUGCAUCCGCAUCAUCCGCACCAGCAACAACAACAGCAGCAGCAGCAACACCAACACCUGCACCAGCAGCAGCAACAGCAACAUCAUGCCGCUCAGCUGGCCCACACGCUCUCCUCGGCAGCAGCUGUGGCCGCGGCUGCCUCCAACACCAACACCCACUCGAUCUUUGGCACCGGCAACUUCCACUACAAGACGAACAACUCGUGGACGCUGCCAACGCUCAACUAUCAGCGCAUCUAUCAGGAGAAUACGCACUAUCAUCAGCGCAAUAGUUUUAUGGACAGCCAGGGGCCGAUUGUCGGUGCUGUUAAUGAGGCCGCUGCAGCAGCAGCAGCAACUGCUGCUGCGGCUGCUGCUGCCGCCAGUGCCGCCGCAGCAGCAGCGACUGUCAACGGCAACAAUAAUGCGGCAGCAAAUGGCAAUAACAAUGCUGGCGCAAAUCCCAGUGAAAACAACAGCAACAGCAACAACAACAACAGUAACAACAACAGUAACAACAACAACAACAACAACAACAACAGCAACAACAACAGCACCAACAACAACAGCAACAAUAACAACAACGGCAGCAGCAACGUCUCCUCAGUGCAACAUGUGGCAACUGCAGUGGCCGCAGCAGUCAUCGCCAACGAGCAUCAGAAUCAUUUGAACAGCUUAAAGGCGCGCUUUCAGCCAACCAGCUCAGGCAGGAAAUCUCCAUUUUUGGGUUUCAUUUGCAAGGCAAACGGCAAAUCCACAUCGAAUAGCAAAGAAAUCAUCUGCCCGGAUGAUAAAUACAAAGAGGAGGGCGACAUUUGGAAUGUUGAGGCCCAAACGGCAUUUCUCGGCCCAAAUUUGUGGGACAAAACCUUGCCCUACGAUGCUGACCUCAAGGUAACACAAUAUGCGGACCUGGACGAGUUCUUGUCGGAGAACAACAUACCCGACAGCCUGCCCGGCACCCAUUUGGGGCACGCCGGCGGCCUCGGCCAUCGAUCCGAUUCACUGAGCCAUGCGGCGGGUCUCUCGCUGGGCCUGGGGCACAUAACCACAAAACGGGAGCGAUCGCCAUCGCCAUCGGAUUGCAUAAGUCCCGAUACGCUAAAUCCGCCAUCGCCGGCCGAAUCAACAUUUUCAUUCGCAUCGUCGGGGCGUGACUUUGAUCCGCGCACCAGAGCAUUCUCCGAUGAAGAGCUCAAACCGCAGCCGAUGAUUAAAAAGUCACGCAAACAAUUUGUUCCAGAUGAGCUCAAGGACGACAAGUACUGGGCCCGCAGACGAAAGAACAAUAUUGCCGCCAAGAGGUCGAGGGAUGCGCGCCGCCAAAAGGAGAAUCAGAUUGCGAUGCGUGCCCGCUACUUGGAGAAGGAAAAUGCCACGUUACAUCAGGAGGUCGAGCAGCUGAAACAGGAGAACAUGGACUUGCGUGCACGUCUAUCGAAAUUCCAGGAUGUGUAAUAUAAAAAUGUGACUUGAGCGAUACGAGUAACCACAUCAACCAUUACAUUUUAAUGAUAAUGAUAAUAAUUCAGUUAUCGAUAAUUGAUAAAUGAUAAAUACUAAUAAUUUUUAGUAAACAGACAUGAAGGAAAAUACACUACAAAAACUACACAUAUAUGCAAUAUAUAUACAUACAUAUAUAUAUUUAUAUAUAUAUGUAAUUAAACAAGUUAUAUAUGUAUGAUAAGCAGACACACACACACACAUCUACAAACACUCACACACACACAAACACAUUUGUAAGCUGCGGCCUGCACCGCAUAUUUAUUUUAAACUUAACGUAAAGCUAAACGCAAAUUAACUAAAUGAAAGAAGUAAACAAAAAAAAAACAACAACUUAACUUUAUAGUGUAGCUUAAAAAACAACAAAAAGCAAAAGAAAACCAAUUUCAGAACGCCGACUACAAAAGUCUCUCACAACACUUAUCGAUAGCUCGAGUUAUCGAUAGCGUUUGCCGUGGUUUUAUCUAUCGCAGUGGCAACCCUGUGCGUACUGUUAGCUGCUCCUCAAUCGCUUAACAAACCGACGUUAGCCAAGUUAGGAUGUUAACUGAAAACAUAAAACCCAAUUACCCUAUUACGUAGAAUUGUUAAUUUUUACCUAGCCUCUUUUGUUAUUAGUUUUUACGCAAGAACCUAAAACAUAAAAAAAAAAAAAUACAAAAAAAAAAAAACAAAGUUAAACACAGAUUUAUAUAGAUAUAUAUAUACAUAUAUUUUCAGCGCACCAAUUUCUAAGUUUUUAGCUAGUUUUUGUUAAGUUUUCUUAGGUAAUUUCUUGGCCUCUUUCUCUGAAAACCUUUUAAGCAACUAAACAAAAAAUCGUGCAUACAUAUGUAAAUAAUUUCGUUGCCUACUCCUCAAAUUUGACUCAAGAAAUAAAAAACUAAAAAAAAAAAAGGUUAUUUGUAAACAAAAAUCAAUGUUUUUCUAUGAUAAACAAGAGGAAGAUGAACUUACGAUAAAAA